AUGGGCGCCGCCGCUUCCAAGCCAGGGGGUGCGGCUGCCACGCAAGGGUUUGAGCAGCUGCACAAGGAAGAGCUUGCGCUUGAUGCAGCUGCAACAUCGCAAAAAGAAGUCCCGUCGUGUCUCACAUUAUUUGACCGUUGGCUUUCGUGCUACGCGUUGGGUGUCCAGUUCCGCAAUGUGUACCGGUACGGGACCAUUGCGGACUGUGCGCCGCGGCGCGAAGAUUUCAAAUUUUGCUUGACAAUGCGGGAGCUGGAUCCAGAGAUGCGCCGUGCAGCAUGGCUUAAUCGACGUGCGGAGGAAAAGGCGCACCAACGCCAGAGCGUGCAUUCGAGCGAGAAUGUGUGGGAAAUGCGCCGCGAUCCACUGCUUUCGAAAGAGUACGAGGACGAUGCAUUUCCAGCACCAUGA